AUGCUGUCCAAAUUGGACAAGCAAGACACAAGAAAGGAACUGUCAAACUUUGCCAAGACAAGGUCUGAGCAAGAUGACAAAGGAACGUCAUCCUUUGGAAAGCGUCGCAACAAGACGCACACGCUGUGCUGCCGCUGUGGCUCGAAGGCCUACCACCUUCAGAAGUCCACCUGUGGCAAAUGUGGCUACCCUGCCAAGCGCAAGAGGAAGUAUAAUUGGAGUGCCAAGGCUAAGGGGCGAAACACUACGGGGACUGGACGGAUGAGGCACCUAAAAAUUGUCUAUCGAAGAUUCAGACAUGGAUUCCGUGAAGGGACGACACCUAAACCCAAGAGGGCAGCUGUUGCAGCAUCCAGCUCAUCUUGAGGAUUUCAGUCAGUCAUAAAAAUAAAAUGUUCUGGUUUUGAAAA